AGCAUCACCACCCCGCGUGGCCCAAACGGUCCCGAGAUAAUCAAGGCUGGUUGGCUUCUUACUGUCAUUGGUCCGCGCCACGCUCUGCACAGUGUCGGACAGGCUUUCCAAAGUGCUUUGCUGAGCGAUGACAUUCAAGAUCGGCAGCGGCACACGGAAUGACGACAUGAGCGCCCUUGCAUUGCGUGCAGAAGUCAGCAGAAAAGGAUAUAGUCCCAAAGCCGCAAAUCCUCCCGCUCGCCUCUCCUUCUCUUUUUCCCAUCUCCUCACACCUCAAGAUCUCCUACCCUCGUGCAUUCCGCGUGUAUGCGUCGAGCGCGCCAAGGCUCUCACUUGCGCCGUGCGUGUGUCAGUAGGAUGGCCUUCGUGUUGUCAACGCGAUCAUUUUGUUGGCGGCUUUGGAUUGUUGUAGCCUGCUUAUUAGCCUCUGAGACGAUCAUAUCGCUCGUGCGUUGUACGAUUUGCUUGGCCUAUGUUUUGUCAGUCGAUCAUGCGCUGGCUGUGAUUUGACUUUUGCGAAGACGCUCGGCUUUCCUCUUGGGGCGACCUUUGCAGAGGUCGGUGAGGCCAGGCCAGCAAAUUUGAUCGCUCCAUGAGGUGGCAG